AUGGAUGCAUCACAGGUCCAGAGAGCUAGGCAGCGGACAGUGCUCGGUGUUUUGUCAGAAAAUGAGCAGCGUGGUCGAUCCCUCAGCAAGGGAAGCCAAUUUUCCAAACACAGCUCGGUCUCAGACAGCUCUCAGCACACCUUUCUCGGCUGUACCUCCAGUUCCAGCUAUGAUGUUUAUGUUGAAGAGGCUUGUGAAGUUGUUCUUGCGGCUUCUGGUCAAGAAGUGGUGUCUGACAACUAUUACCGAGAUACUGAAACCGCUGCCCUGCAAAACGAAGGGCUGAGACUCCUGCUGGAGCUUAGUUCAAGUUCAUGCCUGGAUGCUUCUAUGCAGUCUGAAAAAGAUGAAUCCCUGAUGUCAGAGGAGGUGCUGUGUGUGUCUGAGUAUGCAGAGGACAUUUACCGACACUUGAGGGAGAGUGAAUUGAAGUUGAAGCCUCUUCCAGACUACUUGGAGAAACAUCCGGAGAUCACCAGUGGCAUGCGGCUCAUCCUGGUGGACUGGCUGGUGGAAGUUGUCCAGGAGUACAAGCUUCGUUCUGAAACUCUGCAUCUUGCUGUCAACUAUUUGGACCGCUUUCUGUCCUGCACGGCAUAUGUAAAACGGGGCAAGCUGCAGCUGGUUGGCACAGCUGCAUUACUGAUCGCUUCAAAAUAUGAGGAGAUCUUCCCUCCCGAGCUGAAUGACUUUGUGUACAUCACAGACAGCACCUACACCAAGAAGCAGUUGGUUCGAAUGGAGCAUGUUUUCCUAAGAGUGCUGGCCUUCAAGAUGGCCGCACCAACUACAAACCAGUUCCUUCGCCUUUUCAUGUCCAUCCACUCUGUCUGUGCCACCACAGAGAACCUGGCCCUGUAUGUAGCAGAGUUAAGCCUGCUGGAAAUUGAACCAUUCCUACAGUACAGCCCGUCUAUAGUGGCAGCUGGAGCCUACUGCCUGGCCACCUACACUGUAAACAAAUCUCACUGGCCUGAAUCCUUAUGUGCGUUUACUGGCUAUACCAUGGCUGAAAUUCAGCCCUGCGUGACUGACCUCCACAAGCUACACAUCAGUGCAGAGAUUCACCCUCAACAGGCCGUCAGAGAAAAGUUUAAGAAUUCAAAGUAUUGUCGUGUUUCGUGGAUCACUCCACCUGCCGUUCUGCCUUUCCUAUGAAUCACUGCUCCACCCUUCUUCUGACGCUUCUGACAGGAAGUGGACAUAAUUAGACUGAGAACAAAACAAACGCAAAUGAUUCUUCUGUCAGUCCCAUACAUGCCACACCCCUCUCGACACUUUCUUGCUUUAAUUUAUUAAUUUUUUUGUAGUUUAUGCAAAUACAAAAAAUGUAUAUAAAGAAACUACUUCUGAUACUUGUAGAUAUCCAUGCAAAAGGUUUUUAAAACUGGUA